AUGAUGCUGUCCGCCCUCAGCACCCUCGCGGCGCCCGCGGAGCACGAGAUCUCCUCCCUCCCGGGCUGGGGCGGCCCGCUUCCGAGCCGCAUGUACUCUGGCUACAUCGACGUGGGCGCUGCCGCCAAGCAGCCCAUGCCGAUGCACGUCCACUACGUAUUUAUCGAGAAAGAGGAGCAGCUGGACGCGGGCGCCGAUCCCACGAUCCUCUGGACCAAUGGCGGCCCGGGCGCCUCGUCCAUGUUUGGCCUGCUCGCGGAGCUCGGCCCACUCCUCCUCAACGAGAACUCGCUCUCCACCCCAGACUUCAAGAGGACGGGAGUACCCACCCUCUUCUCGAACCCACACGCGUGGACCAGGCUCGGCUCGGUCGUGAUGUUUGACUGGCCGCCGCCGGUCGGCUUCUCGUACU